AUACACUCCAAGAAUAACACCAACAUAAGCUGUUUAUAUUCAGCAAAAGAUGCCACCUGCUCCAGGGAUGACUGAGUUCACGAUGGCUGGCCAGCAGAGUACUUUCAUGGAUGAGCCAUUCCUCCUGAAGUUUUGCUCCGACGAGCUUCGGAUUGCUUCCGAAUUCUUCUCUUAUUGGCUCCCCUUUCUCUCCAGAGAUCUCUGUCACUCCUGUACGCAGACUCUCGUCGAUCGCAUCCGAUUAAUCGAUCCUGAAGCCAUUCCAGAUGAAGAUCACUUGAAGGACAGUGAUACAUUUGCUGUUUCAACACCAGAGAAUACGCGCAUGAGGGGAUAUGAUAGAGAUCAACAUAAUUGUGAUUUGCAUUCUGUUGGAAGAUGGGAGGAAGUUGUGGAUUCGAAUGGUAUAACAGACACAAAUUCAGUGGGGAGUUGGAAGGAAGAUGCCGGUUUGAAUGACACAGCUGAUACAAAUUCACUGGGGAGUUGGAAGGAUGGAUUAAAUGGGUCUCUGGAGCUGAUUAGUGACGUGUCCGUGAAUGCAAGCCUGAGUGGGAAAUUGAUAAAUGCUGUACCUCAAACUUCUGCUGAGGGAUCAACAAGUGACACAUUAAGCUCACCUGCGUCAGUGCGUAACCAGAAAGAAAAGAUGUCAUGGGCAGAUAUGGCUCAAGAGGACGAGCUUGAGGCAGAGGAUAAGACCAAGUCAAUUGGUUCUAUUGGGCUGUUAGGUAAUGAGAACACUUCAGCUGUGGAGGGAACAACUGAGAAGGUGUCUAUGCCAAAGGUGAAGCUCUCAAGGGAGAGAAGGGAGCAGAUCCGUUUUCAUAAUGUGAAAAGGAAAAAGGAUUUCAUAUGUUUGGAAAAGGUUAAUGGGAAAAUUGUGAAUAUACUUGGUGGUUUGGAACUACACACUGGAGUUUUCAGUGCCGUUGAGCAAAUUAGGAUAGUUGAUUAUGUGGAAGCACUUCGAGAGAAGGGAAAAAAUGGACAACUAAAAGAGCGUACUUACACUGCACCCCAGAAGUGGAUGAAAGGCAAAGGACGCAUAACUAUCCAAUUUGGCUGCUGUUACAACUAUGCAAUUGACAAAAAUGGCAACCCUCCUGGCAUCCUGAGAGAUGGGAGUGUCGAUCCCAUACCUGAGCUUUUUAAAGUCAUGAUCAGAAGGCUUGUUAAAUGGCAUGUAAUGCCUCCAAACUGCAUUCCUGACAGUUGUAUCGUGAACAUAUAUGAAGAGGGAGAUUGCAUACCACCACAUAUUGACAAUCAUGAUUUUGUUCGCCCUUUUUGUACUGUGUCAUUCCUUAGCGAGUGCAAUAUAGUUAUUGGGUCGAAUUUAAAUGUGGAGGGUCCCGGUCAGUUUGCAGGCUCCAUUGCGAUUCCAUUGCCAGUUGGAUCUGUUCUUGUCAUAAAUGGAAAGGCUGCUGAUUUGGCUAAACAUUGUGUUCCCUCAGUUCCUAUGAAAAGGAUCUCAAUUACAUUUAGGAGAAUGGAUGAAUCUAAACGGCCUGUUGGCUAUGCUCCUGAACCUGAUUUACUGGGAAUUCAGCCUCUACCGUACGAAGUGGACCUACCCAAGGAAAACUCUAAACAUUCUGUGAAGAAACAGGCUGUGAGGCAAGAAGGGAGCUCAGUACCCCGCUCCUCAGGUCGAAGUCGGCAAAGGCCCAUGAAGAGGUGAUGGGUUGGAGUGGGUUUGAAUUUGUAGCUUGUACAUCCUCAUCUAUUUAAAAAAAACUGCCAGUCUUGAAAUUUAAGAUGAUCGAUCAUAUGUAGUGAAGAAAUGAGAGAACAGGGAGUCUAUAAUUGUAAAGUUUAGGGUCAGAGAUUCAGAGUUCAUGCCAAAAUGCACUUUUUAGUUAUGCUUCGGUAUUUUCAGAUUGUAGGGUCGGUCCCUUGAAUUAACCAUUUCUUCCCCCGAGAAAAGCCAUAAAUUUGAGCUUUAGUCAUUUGUAACUAUUCCAAAACGAUUGCUCCUGAACUUAUAGUUGUCUAAUUUGGGUUUAAUUGACCCCAAAAA